GGCGGUAGCGCCCCCAGGGGCCCUUCCAGGAGUGGUGGAGCCCACAGGGGACUUCCCAAGGGCAGUGGAGCCCCCAGGGGACCUCCCAAAGGUGGCGGUACCCCCAGGGGACCUCCCAAAGGUGGCGGUACCCCCAGGGCCCUUCCAGGGGCCCUGCCAGGGGCGGUGGCGCCCUCAGAGGCUCUCUCAAGAGCAGCAGCGCCUUCAGGGACCUUGGAAGGGGUGGCUGCACCCCCACGAGCGGCGGGGGCUUUCCCAGGGGUCUCCUCAGUGGUUGAGGCAACCCCAGGGGCAGCGGCACCCCCAAAGGCCCUCCCAGAGAUGGCGGCGCUGUCAAGGGGUCUCCAAGGUGCGUCGGUGCUCUUAGGGGCCCUUCCAGUGGCGUGGCGGUGGCGCCCCAGGGACCCUCCCAAAGGCAGCAGCGCCGCCAGGGGUUCUCUCAGGGGCGUCGAUGCUCCUAGUUGCAUUCCCAGAGCCGUCGGUUCUCCUAGGGGCCCUCCCAGGGGCGACGGCGAUCCCAGGAGCCCUCCUAAGGACGGUAGCGCACCCAGGAGCCCUCACAGAUACUGGAAGCGCCCCCAGGGGACAUCACAGGGGCAGCCGCACCCCAGGCGCUCUCCCUGGAGCGGCGGAGCCCUCAGGGGCCCUGCCAAGGGCUGUGGCGCCCUCGGGGCUCUUCCAGUGGCGGUGGCGACCCCAUGGGCCCUCCCAAAAGCGGCGGCGCUACCAGGGGUUCUCCCGGGGGCGUUGGUGCUUCUAGGGGCCUUCCCAGUGGCUCUCCCAAGGGCGGUGAUGUCCCCAGGACCCUCUCAGAUGCUGAGACUUCCCCAGGGGACCUCACAGGGUGGGGCCGCCCUCAGGGGCUUGAUCGCAGUGUCGUACAUAUUGAAUACGUCCAUCAAUCCCUUACUUAACUGUGAUUGGUGGGCCCUCCCAAAGGAGGUGGCGCACCCAGGAACCCUUGUUUGGGGUAACGGCGGACCCAGGGACCCUGCCAGUGGUGGUGGUGCCCUCAGGGGUAUCUGUGACCCCUGGGGGCCUUCCCAGGGGUGGUGGCAUUCCCAGGUGCAGCAGCGCACCCAGGAAACCUUCCAGGGACAGGACCUCCCGAAGGCGGUGGUGCACCCAGGCGCUCUCCUUUGGGGUAAUUUGCAAAACGGGUCCCUGCCAGUGACUGUGGCGCCCCCAAGGGCUUCUGUGACCCCAGGGGCCUUCCCAGGGGCGGUGCCGUCCCUAGGUGCAGUAGCACACCCAGAGGACCUCCCAAGGGCACCGGCGCCAACAGGGGCAACGGAGGCCUCCCAUGAGGCCUACUUAGCGGUGGCGGCGACCCCAGGUUCCCUCCAAAGGGGUGGUGGCACCCCUAGGGGCCAUUCCAGGUGCGGUGCCGCCCCAAAGGGCCCUCCCAGGGGUGGAGGCAUCCAGAAGGGACGUUCCAGGGUCGGUGUCGCCCAUAAGGGCCCUUCCAAGGGCGGAGGUGCCCCUAGGGUCCCUCCCUGA